AUGACAUACUAUGCAAAAACAAAUGACCGCAUUAAAGCUCAUACGAUUGUUGUUCUAUGCAUCGUAGGCAUCUGGAUGAUUUUCGGAGCAUGCUUUGCAAGUAAUGAAUGCAAUGAUUCGAAUACAGCAAAGAUUAAAGAAUCAUUAAAGAAUUCAAACAAGACUGAUUUAGCUUCCGCUAUGUCUGAUGAAAGCCGCAAUAGAAUGCUGGAACCACUCAAUUUAUCAUUGGCUUCAAAAAAUACAGCACCAAGUUCAAAAAAUCAUGAAAGUGGCACACACCAUCCAACUGCUCCAGAACAAAAAAGCAUAAUAGUUACUACAUUCUAUGUAGAUGAUUCUGGAAAUCGAUUUUAUAUGAAAUAUAAAAGCCACAGAAUUUAUAUGUACUUAACAGCAAAUAUGGUAUUCAAAGAUAACAUCCUGUAUAAUGUAUACAAAGAUGAAUCUGGGAAUCAGAUUCUUAUAGAUAGUAGCAUACGUUCUUAUUCUUUUGGUACUAAAGACAUAUCUAGUAGAGCACAUAGCAGCCAGGAAGAAAGCAUACUUAAUCCAGUUAAAGUAACCACACCAAAGCGCCUGAGAGAUUCUACUUUAAGCAGUUCAGGCGAUAAUUUAAGUCUCAAGAAAAGAAAAUAUACAAAGAGUAGAGAGAACACAGAUUCUAUUCAUAGAACUAGCUUAUACAUUGAAUUGAAUAAUUACCAAGCUGCCUGUAAGAACCUCAAGACCUACAAAUCUGAAGCAAAAAGCAAUACAACCCGAGAUAAACCCCAUGAUUUUUCAUACUUGUUUACUAAAGGUGGCAUGGAUAAUGGAAAUACAAAAUGUGAAUGUAGUAUUAAGAAGAACUACGAAAAUCAAUAUCAAUUCUGGCACUUUUUAACUAGCACACGCUAUAACUCCUUGGCUGAAAAGAUAGAGUGCAUCAACAACUUAGCCAAUAAGAUAGAAACAGAAAAAUAUAAUAAGAACAAUGGUUAUUAUUAUUUCUUUUUAGAAGACUUAAAAAAAUACAUAGAAACUCAUAUAGACAUAGCGCAUAUUAGUGCAACAUACGACUACACAGACAGAAAUAAGAACAACAUAUGCUCUAUGUCUAAAACAGAGCCAGAGACACUUGAAGAGAUAUACGAAGAAACCCAAACAGAUCUUAAGUGGUGGGUUAACAGUAUGUCUAUUAUCUCUGCAAAAACUGAGAAGAUGAAAAAAGAAUGCUCAAUAGAUGAUGCAGCACUAAAAGAAAAGCUGCAUUUGAUUCUAAAGCUACCAGAGAUACUUAGAGACUUGGUUCUGAUAACCCCCGAGAUACUAUCAAAGACAAUGGAAGAAAUGAAAAGAACAUCUGAUUCAGAGGCUAGCAGGUUUUUCUGCAUUAUAGAGUACUUAUACUACUUAGUGAACGAUGAUGCAGACAAAAUGAAUAUUGCGUAUAAUGAAGUUAAAGCGCUAUCUGUGAACGAAGAGUCUAUAUGUACCUGCAUUACUAUGGAGGUGUAUAGGGCUGUUUAUAACGUGUUUUGUUUGUUCUACCAAUGUGCACCAUUUACCUGUGUGGCAGAUGUUAAAAGUGAAGAAGGCAAAGCAGAAAAAAAAGAAGCACGCAUUAAAAGUAUUUUUCAGUCCCACUGUCCGUACAUACCAAAGAGU